AUGAAAUACUUCCUAGCUAUUGCCCUUUUGGUCUCCGUGGCUUCAGCCGGCAUGGUGAAGCCUACUCCCGGCAGCAACGAGGUGGCCCAGAUCCAGGAGAUCAUCGCCGCUAUCUUAAACCCCAAUACUGACCCCGCCACUGCUGUCGCCCUCGAAGAGAUGCUCCUCGAUGUCCUCGGUGUGAAACCAGAGCCUGUCGCAAUUGGACCCGCCAUCAUUGACUACCCCUUACCUGAGGAGGCGCCUGUUGUACCUCCCAGCCCUGCUGCUGAGGUGGCUGCACCUGUACCUAAAUCUCCUUUGGUUCAGAUCAUCGUGAACAUCAACCACGCCUCUGCUGACGUCAGCCCCGUCGAUCUUGGUCCUGCUAUCAUCCCAAGGCCAGUCCCUGAGCCUGGCCAUAUCGAGGAUAUUGUCCCUGAGCCUGUCCACGUUGUAGACGCUGCUCCUGAACCCGUGGAGCCGGUCAUCAUCGGCGAACCGAUCCUCCCUUCACCAGCCGUUGUCCUCCCCGAUAUACUGAACUAA